AUGUGCGACUACACUCAACGAGAAUACUCAUGCGGUCACUUCCGCUGGAUCGCCUCCAAAUGGUGCCGGGAUUACACUCUCACUCACAAGAGAUGCCAACCCAACGUCACACACUUUGAGUACCGAGCAGAGGAGCUCUGUGGGGAGUGCAAGCCAAAGACCUACCCCCCAUGGGAGAACAUGAUCAAGCGCUCCAACAAGCAGACCCUCUACUAA